AUGGCGUGGGACAUGCCAAAGCGUCGCCUGUUUGAAGAUGUCGCUGCCAAAGGGCAACUAGUGGAGGACACGGUGCUGCUGAGCAUCGAAGCCGAGCUUCCCGCGGGUCUUCCGACAGCUCGGGAGCUGCUUCAUUGGGGUGCUCAAGACAGGAGCCCUCAAGAGCAUGCCCAGUAUAGCGAUCUGGCGGUCAUGUGCAAGGACCGGCUCAUUCAGCGCGGCCGCGGCGCUCGAGUGCUUCUGGACUCGCCAGGUGGCAAUGCUAAGGUGCAGCUGUCUGAUGGAGCAACUUGUGAGGUGUUUCCGUAUUCCAAGCCCACCGCAGAAGGGGUUGUGGCCAUACUGAAGAUGCCUCCAGGCAACGACAUCCUGGAGAUCCGCUACCGCAGCGACGAGUCCGUCGAAGUCCGCUCCAAGGGGACGACGUCGCCACGCACGGUGCGACGGCCCAGGACGUCCGAUUGGCUGCGCGAGACGGGUGGCUGGCAUAUCCAGGCACCAGGUCCAUCAAAGUGA